AUGCGGCCGGAAGACAAGGCGGGUGUUGAGAUGGUCGACUCUCACACCUUUAAUCACCCGGAGAACUGCGGCCUACCGAACAUGCAUGGCGACUACCAGCACAACUAUCACAUCGGAGGAGCGAACCGGGCUUGGGUGCGGGAAAAUCCCUACCACGAGUUGGAGACUAUACAGCUUCCUGAGCGAGUCCUCGCGUGGAAUCGGACAUGUGCGAGCCAUACGCGGCACCGUAGAACUAGCCGCCGAAUCCCGCGCCAGCGGUUCUCGGUGAAGCGCUGCUCUCGCUGUCACAUGGGCAUCUCUGCGAACGAACUCGUCAUGCGAGCGAAGGAGCUCGUCUACCAUCUCAGCUGCUUCACGUGCGCCUCGUGCAAUAAGGCGCUUACGCCCGGCGAACACUUCGGCAUGAAGGAGAACAUGGUGUACUGUCGGACGCACUACGAGUUCAUGAUGCAGGGCGACUACCUGCCGCCGCACAUGCAUGGCUCGCCCGGCCUGCCGCCCGGACUGCCGCACGGCCUGCCGCCCGGCUCGCUGCCCUUCUACAAUGGCGUCGGCGCCGUGCAGAAGGGACGCCCGCGGAAACGGAAGAGUCCCGCCCCAGAUCUUGACGGAUGUCCUUCGUUAGGGUUGAGUGAGGGAGAGACCGACCUCGAUGGCAAUCCCUACCCGCCGGGCACCGGACCUCGAACCAAGCGCAUGCGCACCUCAUUCAAGCACCACCAGCUAAGAACGAUGAAGUCGUACUUCGCACUCAACCACAACCCCGAUGCAAAGGAUCUUAAGCAGUUGGCACAGAAGACGGGACUCACAAAACGCGUACUGCAGGUAUGGUUUCAAAAUGCAAGGGCGAAAUAUCGGAGAAACCUUCUCCGACAAGAGCAGAAGAAUCACUCAGACAAAUCGGGACAAUUGACCCCUGGCGGCGAAUCUAUCAACACGUCCAACAUCGGGGAAAUUCGGACUUCUUCGCCUACGUCGUCGUUAUCUGAUAUCAGCACGAGUCACACGCUGACGGAAUUACACGACAUAACCGGAAGUUCCGGCAUGUCAACGGAGAGUCCUCGACCAAAUCUCGAAGACCUCUUCUGACUGUAAAACAAUUAUAUUAAACAUUAUUAUGGUAAUUAUAUUGUGAACGGUGGAUCUGUCCUACUAACUCCGCGAUUUUACAUUAUUCUCAAUAAGGUUUUCAUAAUAUUUGAGUAAAUCCUAAAUAAACCAAGUGAGCUAUCGUACGUAUCGUAAAUCAAUGUAAAUUCCAUCAUCAAAUAUGAAAUAUAGUUGGUGGUGAUAUCUGGCAUCGUGAACAUAUCUAUACAAUGUAUGGAUAUGUCCACGUGUGUAUAUAGAUGUGAUAAUAGUCUUUAAAUGUAAAAGUGUGAAAUCAAUACUCGAACAUACGUGAAAGAACACGAAAUUGGGGGGCAAAAGAAAAGUAUGGCUGAGUACAGAGAGAGAGAAAGAGAGAGAGAGAGAGAGAGAGAGAGAGAGAGAGAGAG